CACAUCUUCUACAAACCUAAAACUUAUCAUGUUUGCUGGUGAUCAUGGCUUAGGUGUAGGCUCACGAAUCAAAGAAUACAUGCAUUACGGUGGUUAUUAGAAACCUCUGAAGCAUAUACCUCUGUAUGUAUAAUGAACGAACACCAUGCCUCCCAAACGCGCAUCUAUUGCUUCCAAAAGUCGUCUCAUCCAGUACAGACGGCUUACAAGAAUGGUAUAAGACGAUUACGAACAAUUAAUGGUGCAAUUGUCUGCGACAAUCCAAGUUGUGUCUCUAGUCAAGCAAAGAAGGCUGUAAAAUGAAGAUAUACCUUAUCUGCAAUGGCAAUUGGUCUUUUCGGUUUAUCAGCACUCUUUUUUUUUUUUAAUGCAACCUUUCCUCAAUUUGAUC